AUGGCACGGACUGCGCGGGUGCUUCAUCAACCGGCCGUCGAAAUGAUAUGGCACAAACUCCCGUGUCUCGCGUAUCUGUUUAUGUGCUUCCCAGAGGACGCCUGGACCUUUGAAGACGAUGUGUAUCUUGAGUUCACGCGUACUCUGGCGCCGAAAGACUGGACGACAUUCCUGAAAUACGCUUCCUUCGUACGGCAGCUCGGCUCAGAACUAGGUUGUAGCUGCGACCGGGAUGUCAGCGAUUCUGCGUGGACGACCAUGUGCUCCCUUCGGCCCACCCAAAUCCUCUUCCCUCAUCUGCGCUCAAUCGAUUGGGGCGAACUGCCGCUCCUUCGCAGUGAGAAGCAUGCGCCAUCUCUGCUUACCAUCGUAGGCACGAGCCUCGUCAAAAUCGACUUGGGGGAACCCUCGCCCCGGGACGACGAUGGAGCUCUGCAGGCCAGCUUCGGUAUCAUCGCAGAGCGCUUUCCAGGGCUACGGGAGCUCCGCUGUGGCCAGUACCCUGGUCUCGGUGACCCUUGCGACACUCUUGAAAUCGUGAAUGCGUUUUCUACAAUGGCUUGCCGCUUCACAUCCUUGGUCUCCUUCACCUCCACGAUCUUCUGUGUCACCCCGGCCGCGAUCCUCAGCCUCUCGCGGCUGCAAACCCUCCGUCGUCUUUAUGUUUGCCUUCCAGACAAUAUGGCGCCGCUGUCCGAGCACCCAUCCCCACACGAUGACGCUCCCGUACUCGCGCAGCUGGAGGAGGUAGGACUGUAUCAUUCGACGAUACGGGCCUACCUCGCGUUCAGCCAGGCGGUAACACUUCCGCACACUAUGAAGCUCCUUUUGGAACUCAAUCACCACAUGCAUAGCCACCUCCUGCCCAAGGUUUUCAGCUCCCUCUCCAUGCAAUGCUCGCCGGACUGUUUAACGAUCAUCGACGUACGAGAUCCUGAAAACGGUUCCGAGAGUGAAGGACUUCUCCUCCCGGCCCACCUCCGGCCUCUCUUGGAAUUCAAACGGUUGGAGAGUUUUAGCCUCUCGUUAUCGUGCCGGUAUGCGCUUGACGACAGCUUUUGCGCUGAGAUGGCGAUGGCUUGGCCUUGCCUGAAGCACCUCGACAUCGGGUGUGCUCGCCUUGGUCGCUCACCACGUUGUCGACACGAGGCUCUACCGAGCGUCCGCGCACUUUCACCGUUCGCCGUGAACUGUCCUAAGCUGGAACACCUUGGGCUGGUUUUCAACGCCAUGCGCUGGGAGAACGAGGCUGGCUUCCAAGCGGACUACAACCGGGCGGAGAUCUAUGGCGCCCUCGCGAGCCGGGCGAGCACAUCGACGGUACUCUCGUUUUCCCCCGGCUUGUCUCCUAUAUGUGGGGUUCAGUACAUGGCAACUUUCCUCGCACGGGUCUUCCCCAGCCUAAACACAAUCGGACAUGGUCAGAUCACGAGAGUUGAUGGAGUCUGGCGGAACAUGUGGAGAGAAGUCGAGCAGCUCCUCCCUAUGUUCAAGUUAACCAGGCAAGACGAACGCCUGCGCAUGGCUCAAGAGCUCGCUGAGGGGCCGGUGGAAAUCCAGAUGGCUUCGGUCGAUGACUAG